GGCGCCGGCCACACUUCCCGUCGGGGAGAGUGUAAUAUGGCGAAGACCUACGAUUACCUGUUCAAGCUGUUGCUGAUCGGGGACUCCGGGGUGGGGAAGACCUGUGUCCUGUUCCGCUUCUCGGAGGACGCCUUCAACUCCACGUUCAUCUCCACCAUAGGAAUCGACUUUAAAAUCCGCACCAUAGAGCUCGAUGGUAAGAGGAUCAAACUGCAGAUAUGGGACACGGCGGGGCAGGAGCGGUUCCGGACCAUCACCACGGCCUACUACCGCGGAGCCAUGGGCAUCAUGCUGGUCUACGACAUCACCAACGAGAAAUCCUUCGACAACAUCCGCAACUGGAUCCGCAACAUUGAGGAGCAUGCUUCUGCAGAUGUGGAGAAGAUGAUCCUCGGGAACAAGUGUGAUGUGAACGACAAGCGACAAGUGUCCAAGGAGCGGGGAGAAAAGCUGGCCCUCGACUACGGGAUCAAGUUCAUGGAGACCAGUGCCAAGGCGAACAUCAAUGUGGAGAACGCAUUUUUCACUCUCGCCAGGGACAUCAAAGCAAAAAUGGACAAAAAAUUGGAGGGCAACAGCCCCCAGGGCAGCAGCCAGGGUGUGCGGAUCACAGCCGAGCAGCAGCGGAGAAGCGGCUUCUUCCGGUGCGUCCUCCUGUGAGCCGCCGGCGCCGUGCGCCCCAGCCCUGCCGGGACAGCAGAGCCGUGUGGGACCCUCUCGGCUCUGAGGCGGGCGAGACAGAGGCUCUCCCCGGCCCCGCCGGGAUGACUGAUCAACCUGCCGCGCCCACGCCCGCCACCAGCACAGGCCGCAGCACUGGCCACCCUGGGCGAGCGGGGGCCAGUGGACACGCCCUCCAGGCUGAGAGUCUCUUCUAGGUGGUGGGUGCCAUGUGGUGCCCCCACCCCUGUUCCAGCGGCCACGGCCGGGGCUGGACCUUCCCCAGCACCGUGAGCACCUCCCAGGCGGGGGCGUCCGCGUCUGAGCUAGCGUGCAGGCGGGCAGCUGGGCGCUGCGCCCUCGUCCUCGCCUCGACCCUAACCCUGGCCGGCUGCUGCCGCCCCAGCCGAUUCCGUAGCGUCUUGAAUUAAACCCAACAUGCCAGCAUCAACAGUCCCACCGCGCCCGCUCCCUGCAGGCAGUGGCUCUGUCCACGCCAGCAAGCUGCUCAGGGUGGGUACCCUGAGUCCCCCGCGCCCCUCUUUCGCAGCCUGCUGCCUCCCGUCCCAGGUCCCUGCUGAGCAGAAGGGCCCCGAGGCCGCCCUGGGGUUCAGGGGCUCUGAGCACGUAGCCCUGCAGCGCUGUGCACACAGCCCGCCCAGCCCCUUCACUGGCAGCUCCUGGGCCUUGCCUGACCGUACCUGAGUCACCUCCUGCCCCCCUCAUGGCAGUGGAACUGCACCCCAGGUCCAGCAGUGGGAAUGGGGUGUCUGCACCCCAGCUCGUGGGAACGGGUAUCUGCCCAGGGCUCUGUGCCAAAGCCUGUUGCCCCCAGCCCGGCACUGAGACCUGGCCCUCAAAGCCCAGUGCUCUUCCUGGGUCUGCCCUGGCAGGUUCCCCGUCUGCCUCCCCCUGGACUGCCAGUCACCUCUGCCUGGGCACCUUGCUCCUGCUGGGGACAGCCUGUCUGCGUGCCAGGAUUUUGUCCCCCAGGGUCCUUCACGGGCUCAGUCUAAACAAGCAGGUGACUGGUCAGAGGCUCUGGCCUGCACAUGUGACACUCUUGGGCUCGGUGCAAGGUUAUGGUGACUCCGUCCGCCAGGUGGAGGGCCUCAGAGUCAGCAUGGAACUGGAUGGGAGCCCCCGGGAUAUUCCCACUCACGGGGACCCCAUGUCAGGGGGCCAGGCACCUGCCUGACCAGUGGAUGGGGUCCACCCAGCUGGGCCCUCCACCCCAGGGAGCAGGAAGUGGCCGUGCCUUCCACCAGGCAGGGCAGGGCAGGUGGAGGCUGAAGGUCACAGGCCCGCUGUUCAUGGGGAAGCUGGGAGGAGCCCCGGCUCGCCACACGUGGCCCCCGGAACCCAAAAUAAAAUGAAACUAAGAAUGGG